AUGGGAUUCUUCCUCCUCUACCUCUGUGGCGGCUGUGCCCGCUCCUACCUGUUGCUGGGUAAACAAGGGUGGUUAUGGGUCAACGAGGUUCCGGUGCCCACUUCCGGUGGUGGAGCUCUAAUCAACUCCUUCCAAGGUGAGUUCCCUACCAAUUUGACUUAUUGUUCAGACAUCAGAGACAUCAAUAUAUCUUCAAACAAUCUUGUAGGAAGAAUUCCUAUCGAACUAGGAUCAUUUACUAAUCUUUUACAAUUUGAUCUUUCUAAAAAUCUUUUCAUUGGCAAUAUACCACCUUCACUGGGUAAUCUCUCCUCUCUUCGCUCCCUUCAUCUCGACUCUAACAAUCUAGAGGGAAGCAUUCCUUUUGAACUUGGAAAGCUUUCCAACAUAGACUUUUUUCAAUUGAGUUCCAACAAUUUGUCUGGAAUGGUUCCUACCCGACUUUACAAUAUCUCAUCCAUCUAUGCCUUUGUUGUAGCUGACAACCAGUUAAGCGGAACACUCCCCCAGGAACUGGGAUUGACCCUUCCAAGACUACAGCAAUUCUUAAUUAGUGUUAACCAAUUCUAUGGGCCUAUCCCACCAUCAUUGGCUAACGCUUCAGCACUUGCUGAUUUUGAUAUUGGUAUUAAUUUUUUCAGUGGGUCUGUACCAAUGAAUUUGGGUAGCCUUCCAUAUCUGGAAUGGCUAAAUAUUAACAGUAACCACCUCGGAACUAAAAAAGCCAAUGACUUGAGCUUCCUUAAUUCAUUAACCAACUGUACAAAUCUAGGAUUUAUAAAUUUAGGUGGGAAUUACUUUGGGGGUGUAUUGCCCAAUUCAAUUGCAAAUCUAUCCACCACAGCACUGUUGAUAAGUCAAAACUGCAUAUCUGGAAGCAUACCGCUAGGAAUUGAGAACCUCGUCAACUUAAAGCUUUUAACCUUAGAUCGGAAUAUGCUCACAGGCAAUAUUCCUGAAUCAAUUGGGAAACUUUUUGAGUUGGAACAACUCUUCCUUUCUGUAAAUAACAUCUCAGGAAAAAUUCCAUCAUCUAUUGGCAACAUGUCUCGAUUGAGUAUUCUUGGUUUAGGAGGAAAUCAGCUAGCGGGAAGCAUACCUGGAUCUUUGGGUAAUUGUACAAAGCUACAAGAAUUGGAUCUUCAAGUUAAUCACCUCACUGGUGCAAUACCCGAGCAAGUUAUUGGACUUUCUUCCCUCACUAUUGGUCUCUUCUUAAAUCAAAACUAUCUAACAGGUGCACUUCCAUCACAAGUGGGCAAUUUGAAGAAUCUCGGGAAAUUGUAUAUUUCAGAAAACACACUUUCCGGAGAAAUCCCAAGCACUCUUGGCGAUUGCCUAGUGUUAGAAGUCCUGCAUAUGGACGGUAACCUUUUCAAAGGUACUAUUCCAUCAUCUUUUCAGCAAUUAAAAGGAAUUCAAGAACUCAAGCUUUCUCAUAAUAGUUUGUUUGGACGGAUUCCAAGCUUUCUAGGCGAGUUACGAUUGAUUGAAUAUUUAGACCUUUCUUAUAAUAAGUUUGAGGGUGAAGUUCCAAAUGAAGGAGUGUUCCUGAAUGUUAGUGCAUUUUCCGUUGUGGGAAAUGACCAACUUUGUGGAGGAAAUAAGGAAUUGCAACUGCCUGCAUGUCCCACACAAAGGGCGAGAAGGCUCUUUGCACAUAAAAUGAUAAUUCUUGUGACAAGUACCACUCUUUCUACAGUUUUGUUGAUAGCAAGUGUUUCUGCUGUUUUUUAUUUGAUCAAAAGGUCAAAAAAAAAAUCUUCAAUAGAUGGUGCAUUGGGAAAUCAGUACCCAACGCUCUCCUAUGCGGAACUUGAACAAGCUACCAAUGGAUUCUCUUCAGCCAACUUGAUUGGUUCGGGGAGUUAUGGUUCUGUUUAUAAAGGAAUUCUCGACUAUGGUGAACAAAUUGUUGCUGUGAAGGUUUUCAACCUUCAACAACUUGGAGCCAACAAGAGCUUCUUCACUGAAUGUGAAGCUUUGAGGAACAUUCGCCACCGCAAUCUGGUCAAGAUCAUCCCAUCUUGCUCAAGCAUGGACUUAAAAGGAAAUGAUUUCAAGGCUUUGAUCUUUGAGUUCAUGCCAAAUGGGACUUUGGAGAGUUGGUUACACCCAAAUCAAUCUGUGCAGCAGGAUCCAAAGAGCUUGGAUUUAAUACAAAGGCUAAACAUUGCAAUUGAUGUGGCAUCUGCAUUGGAUUAUCUUCACCAUCAGUGUGACACAACAAUCAUUCAUUGCGAUCUAAAGCCAAGUAAUGUUCUUCUUGACAAUGAGCUUUGCGCUCGUGUGGGUGAUUUUGGUAUAUCAAGGUUUCUUGGAGGCACCAAAGGUAAACCCGAUCGUUCAAAAUCUAGUUCUUCAAUUGGGAUUAGAGGAACUAUUGGUUAUGUCGCACCAGAAUAUGGUAUGGGUGUGGAGGUUUCAAAAGAAGGUGAUGUGUACAGCUAUGGAAUCCUCUUACUGGAGAUGUUUACCGGAAGAAAGCCCACAGACAGCAUGUUUACUGAAAAUUUUAGCCUUUAUAACUAUGCAAAGAUGUCGCUUCCUGAUAGAGUGAUAGAGAUUGCCAGUUCUCUAUUCUUGCUGGAAGUGGAGGAUGCUCAAAGGGCCAGCCAACAUAACAUUGGUAGAAUAAAAGAGAGCUGGUUGUCGGUCCUUAGGAUUGGAGUGAUAUGUUCAUCUGAACUGUUGAGAGAACGGAUGGAUAUUAGAGAUGUUCUCAUGGAACUCCACCAAAUUAGAAACACACUUUUGAGAAGAAGCUGA